AUGGCACUGCGGGACGAAUACGAUAUCCUAAGUGAAAAUGAACGCCAGUUUCUAGCCAAUUGUCUAUCCCAAUCACCACAUGUACGAGCUGAUGGACGUGAGCUUCUACAGCAGCGAAAGAUUCGUGUACAAUUUCGUCGAAGUGAGAGCGCAAGCCAAGCUGAGGUACAACUUGGCCGUACGCGUGUUAUUGGUAAUGUGCAUGGAGAGAUUGUACCACCAUUUCCAGAUCGGCCGACCGAAGGAUUUCUUCAGUUUUCCGUCGAACUGUCGCCAAUGGCAUCACCUAAUUUUGAAUCAUCAGCAUCUGCAAGUCGUGGUGCUGCCUCUUCAAUUAUAGCUGCAGAAUUGGCUCGACUUGUCGAGCGUGGCAUUCGUGAAAGUCGUGCACUUGAUACAGAAGCGCUUGCUGUUGUAGCUGGUGAGAAGGUCUGGGCCAUUACAUGUCACGUACAUGUAGUAGACCACGGUGGGAAUCUUAUGGAUGCUGCGUCAUUAGCUGCUAUUGCAGCUCUUAUGCACUAUCGACGACCAGAAGUUGCAGUGAAGGAAGGCACACGUGGCACUGGAGAUGUUACCGUUUACAGCGUAGACGAGCACGCUGCAGUCCCUUUGAGUCUUCACCAUAUUCCUAUUUCCAUCUCGUUCUGCUUUCUGCAGCCAGCUGCUAAAAUACAUUGUUUUGACCAGAAGGAGGCCGAUGUCGAUGCAUUCGAUGAUAGCAACCCUGUGAUUUUUAUGGACCCGACAGAUCGGGAAGAGCGUAUUACCGAUGCGCGUAUGAGCUUUACUUUCAACUCGUUUCGUGAGCUUUGCGCCGUGCAUAAAAUUGGUGGUGCUGCUAUUUCUUCGACUACAGUAAUGAGAUGCGCAAACGUGGCCGCAGCACGUGUUGUUGAGUUGACGACGUUUCUGAAGGAAGAGGAAGAGAAAGCAGACAAAGAGGCGGUACAGCGUCGCCGCGCAUUACUUCGAGGCCGCGCUUUUACCGACGUUUCAUCAACGCUGGACAAAGCAAGCACGAUGCAAUCUGUUGAAAAGGUUGAUCUUGGCGCUAUGACUGACUAUUCAACGUUGCAUGCUCCUAUUGCACUGCGUGACGACUCAAUAGGGGAAAAGAACGCUCAACACGUGACAUCCAUGGCGGAAUUACUGGAGUCACUUGAUACUGCUGCCGGUCUUACCGAGGAGGAGCCAAAGUCGGGCCUUGCAAUGACUGAUGCUGCUCGUGAUGAGUUCCGACUAUUGGCUAGCAGCAAGACGGUACGCGAUUUGAUUAAGGGUAACAGCAAGGAGCAGUCAAAGCUUGUUCAACCUGCAAUGAAAAAAGUAAUGGCGGAUAGUGAUAGCGACAGUGAAGAAGAAGAGGGAGGUGUACUUCAGAGUGAAUUUGAUACGGCAGUAGAGCUGGAGAAACCUGUUCAGGUAAAACCGAGCACAAAUCCAGUAAAAAAGAUGUUAAACAAGAAAGGAAGAAAGAUGAAAGUAGUGCAGAGCUCAGACGAAGACGAGGAAAUGGAUUUAAGCGCCGCCGUCAAGCGGUAA